GUGUCCAGAGUGGGGAGAAGGACGCCUGAAGAGAGAUCUCCCCACACCGGCUCUAGUCACAGGACACGCAGCUUCGCCCCUCUCAUCUGCUCCCCCUUCAGCCCCGAACCCACCCGUGUGUUGCAGCCAUGGGCUCGGAGCUGGAGACUGCCAUGGAAUCCCUCAUCAACGUAUUCCACGCCCAUUCUGGCAAGGAAGGUGAUAAGUAUAAACUGAGCAAGAAGGAGCUGAAGGAACUACUGCAGGCUGAGCUUUCUGGCUUCCUGGAUACCCAGAAGGAUGCAGAUGCAGUGGACAAGGUGAUGAAGGAGCUGGACGAGAACGGAGAUGGUGAAGUUGACUUCCAGGAGUACGUGGUGCUGGUGGCUGCACUCACCGUGGCCUGCAACAACUUCUUCUGGGAGAACAGUUGAGCAAGCAGCCCAGCCCUGGCCAGCACCAAUAACCCCCUUCCCCCCAUUCCCGCCUUCACUUUCCACAUUAGCCCUUCCUCUCCCCUCAGACUCCCCCAGUUCACUGUCCCAGACUUGGCCAUAGCAUUUGUGGUGUACUGCUCCACUAUACAUUAAAGACUCCUCUCCCAAAAGCUGUGGUGUCAGUCUCC